UAACCAUGUGGUGCCCUACGGGACUUCUGGUGUUGUGGUUGUACGUUGGUACCAGCAGAAUUGCUGCGCAAAAUAGUUCGACCGUUUCCGAUGAGGACGGAAGUCUGGUGAUUGGAAUAGUUGUGGUUUACGAGCUUGAACAACCAGAAGUACCUGCACUUACGUCUCAAGCCAUUAGAUCUUUUCUGGCUAACGCCAAUGGUGUGUCGGUAUUUGACUACUACAUUGUCUAUAAUCGAGAGCACGUGAUCUUUACGGACAAUGCUGAACUUUGCUCCGCUAUGAACAAAGGCGUCAGUGCCAUUGUAGACUUCACCUGGACGGAUAGCAACCGCAUUAUGACCGCAGCUAACAAUUUCAAUGUUCCGUACAUCCAUGCCGACGUAUCUUCGCAAACCUUCUUGAAGGUGCUCGAGAACUAUCUUCGUGCCCGUGGAGCUAAUGACGUAGUGCACAUUUUCGACUCCACCGAAGCAGCCGAUUCGGCUAUUUACUUCCUAAUUACCGAGUCGCAGUUGCGUACGAUCAUAUUCGAUCGUCUUAGCGAUACGUCGAUCGCACGAAUCAAAGCCGUCCGACCGUAUCCGUCGUUUUUUACUAUCACCGCUAAGACCGCCGAUAUGAACGAUCUGUUUAAGAAGGCCCUUGCCCACGGUUUGGUGAUAAAACCGGACAAAUGGAACUUGAUCUUCUUAGAGGCCAAUACCGAUGGGUUCGAAUAUCACGAUUUAUAUCCGACCAUGAGCAGACUGAUUCUGGAUAGCAGCACUUGUUGUACGCUGCUUAACGUGGAAAGCGAUGGUGAUUGUGCGUGCCCCGAUGGCUUCAAGCCAUGGGAAUCUCAUCUGGGCAACGUUGUGAAGAGUGUUCUUGAAAAAGUUCAGUUGGAUCAGCUACCAGUGAUAAGUCUGGAUGAUUGCAGCGUGAUUCAACCAGCGGUUGGAAACAUAUCUGAUAUAGUGAGGGACCUCCGGAAUGAUACUCGCUAUUGGAUGCCUGAUGGCAGACGUAUCUUGCGAUACAAUUUGAACGUUUCAAUUUGGACGUCUACGGAGGAUGACAGCUCUGUUGCGGUACAUCUCGGAACGAUCGAAAAAGGCGAAGUUGUGCCCUUCGAUGGGCAGAAAAUCAAGCCGACCAAGCGAUAUUUUCGCGUAGGAACUACCGAGUCUAUUCCUUGGGCCUACCGCAAACGUGAUCCUCUUACCAAUGAGUUAAUGCUCAAUUACGUCGGAGAACCAAUAUGGGAAGGAUAUUGUAUAGAUUUCCUGCAUCAAUUAUCCAAGGUGAUGAACUUCGACUACGACCUGGUAUCACCAAAGAAGGGAAGCUUCGGCAUGAGAGAUAAGUCAGGUAACUGGGAUGGCUUGGUUGGAGAUUUAGUGGUAGGUGAGAUCGACUUUGCCAUGGCUUCGAUGAAGAUGACUGCGGAGAGAGAGGAGGUUGUGGACUUUGUAGCUCCGUAUUUUGAACAGACUGGAAUUCUGAUUGUAAUGCGCAAGCCUGUGCGUGAGACUUCUCUGUUCAAGUUUAUGACUGUUUUGCGAUUGGAAGUUUGGCUAAGCAUAUUGUUAGCGAUUGUGGCAACUGCAGUGAUGUUAUGGUUGCUGGAUAAAUUCUCGCCAUAUAGCGCUAAGAACAAUAAAGAAGCUUACCCGUACGAGUGCCGUGACUUCACCCUGAAGGAAAGCUUCUGGUUCGCAUUGACUUCGUUCACCCCACAAGGUGGUGGAGAGGCACCAAAAGCUCUUUCUGGACGUACCUUGGUGGCCGCGUACUGGUUGUUUGUUGUUCUAAUGUUGGCCACUUUCACUGCAAAUCUGGCAGCGUUCCUUACUGUUGAACGUAUGCAGACUCCGGUUCAAUCCCUGGAACAGCUAUCCCGCCAAAGUCGUAUCAAAUAUACGGUUGUGAAGGACUCUGAUACGCACGAUUACUUCAAGAACAUGAAAAACGCAGAAGAUGUUCUGUAUCAGAUGUGGCGGAAUUUGACACUCUCCAGCGGAAACGACCAGGCGCAAUAUCGCGUUUGGGACUACCCGAUCAAGGAACAGUAUAUCAACAUCCUGGCUGCCAUCGAAUCGGCAAAUCCGGUUACAUCAGCCGAAAUAGGAUUCCAGCGAGUCAAUGAUGGGUUGGAGGCAGAUUUUGCCUUCGUUCAUGAUUCAGCGGAGAUAAAAUACGAAAUAUCGCGCAAUUGUAACCUAACGGAAGUGGGGGAAGUCUUUGCCGAACAGCCGUAUGCGAUCGCGGUACAACAGGGAAGUCAUCUGCAGGAUGAAUUCAGUUACUACAUUCUAGAGCUGCAGAAAGAACGCUACUUUGAAUCGUUGACAGCCAAGUUUUGGAACAAUUCCGUACGUGGAGUUUGUCCGAAUACUGACGACAGCGAAGGAAUCACAUUGGAGAGUCUGGGUGGAGUGUUCAUAGCAACGCUUGUUGGGUUGGCGCUAGCGAUGGUUACUCUGGCCGGCGAGGUUCUAUACUAUCGUCGAAAGGAUCGGAAGACUAAGAUGAUUAAGGUGGAACCAUUGAAUGACGGGAAGGGAAAAGGGGGGAAAGACAAGCAUUCGCUAACGUUUAAAAAUUUGCUUAACACCACUGACAUGAAGAACAACCUGAACAAGGUCGUGGAAAAGAAGAUUCCGAAAGAGAUUACGAUUGGAAACAAAUUCGUACCGGCAUCAGAGAAGCAGCAGAAAAUUAGUUAUAUAUCAGUGUUUCCAAAGAAUCCAAAUAAUUAAAUCACAGAGAAUAGUUAUCGAACGCGAAAAAUAAGCCUUAUAAUAGCCUAUUUAGAAUACAAGCUUUAUCCAUUGAUAAAGACUAAAGAGUAUAGAGAGUCAAAGUUCUCACAAUUUAUUUUCUUCUAAUAUGAUAUGA